GGUUAGUUUCCAGCACAGUCCACCGCCAAGUUCCCCUCUUUCCCCUUCUCCCCUCCCCAAAACCUCCAUCUUGUGACCUCCUCGCCGCCGGCCAAUCGGGCAUCCGCGAUGGCCUACCUCCCGCCUCACCGGCGCCACUCCAGCAGCACCGAGCCCCCUUCGCCGCCCACCUCCUCCCUGCAGUCCCUCUCCAUCUCCUCCAACCCUCGAGGGCGCCACCACCUCCGCCCGUCCAACAACAAGAUCAUCCACGCCGCGGGCUGCGUCUCCCGCUGGUCCCCGCUCCCGCCCUUCCCACCGGGCUCCGACGACGCCGAAUCUUCCCGCCUCGUUCCCUUCCCCUGCGAUCCCAUCGAGCGAAAGACCGGCGCCAAGCCCCUCGUCCUCGCCCCCUCCUCCCCAAAAAUCUCCCCCGGCUCCACGGAGGCCGCGGUCGCGGCCAUCGUCGACAGGUUCUUUCCGGACCUCCUAGCCGCGGCGGAGAGGGCGACGGCGACGGCGCACGAUGCGCCGCCCACGGAAGACGAGGAGGUGAAGCUGAGCCUCUUGGCAAGGGUGGGCAAGGUCCUGUUCCAACCCGGACCUAGCGGCGGACCCGUCUCCCUAGACUCUGUUCGCGACGCAGCAAAAGCAGGGGCAGAAGGAUCCAAGAGCCAGGUCCGUAAAUCGUUCUAUACGAAUUUGCCCGGCAAGUGUGUGGAUGAGAUUGGGCAAUAUAUUGGGAAGCUGACGGAUCUGGAGUUCGAUUCAUCAAAAGAGCACUACCAUGUCAAGGUGUUUGACAAGCAGCGAAGUGAUUCCACCAUGUCUUGCAAAUGCACCGUGCAAGAGGAUGGGAAGCUUGCAAUCCACAAGGUUGAAUUGAACCAGAUACGGCAGCUGGUGGAAGACAUAUCCUGCCUGUUUAAUGAUCUUGAUUUAAGGCUGAUGUUGAGUACGAAAAGGAUCCUGAAAAACAUAGACCCUGAAGUGGAAGAUGCCAUAAAGAGCUUAGUAUCUUCAGCCAUUGUUGAUCCUGAUGCCAAAGGGGGACUUAGAUGGGCAUUUGGGAAUGAGUCGAUUGGUGAGAGGUUCAGCAUAGUUGGAGUGUGGCAUACAAGCUAUAAAGCUUUCAGGAAUAAAACCUUAAGGUUGAAGCUAAGGUGUGCUGACCGGUUUGACCACCGCAGCUCCACCGGAGAGAUUUCCAAUGAAGUUACCUUCAAGCUAACUGGCAUAUCCAAGAGACUGCAGGAUGGGAAUCAAGAGGUGGACACUCUGAAGGGGAUGUUGGAGUCUGCGGUGCAGAUGAUCUGGGAUACUGUUUUGACCUAUAAGAUCUAGCCUUGAGCUUGGGUAUGCUGACAAGUACAUCGCAUUGUCAUUUUGUGCUUUGGUCUUCCUUGCUACUGCAAUGGGUGUGGGUUUGCUGGCCCACUUUAUAUAGAGUUUAUUAUAGUAAUGAACCACUGAAUUACCAUGCUGGUUAACCGCACGGAAAUGCGGUGCGUGCUACUA